AUGCUUUUAAGUCGCUCAACCACGGUAACAACACGUUGUGAAACUGUCAACAACAAUGUCUUUAUGAAAAAUUCGAUAAACAUUGCUGACAUGGCCUACGAGCAUAUCUCAUUAACAGGUCGCAUUAGUGAUCGCGUGGAAAUGUGCUGCAAUCAAUGCGGAAAUUUUACACAAAUUUUAAAUACAAAUAAUUUAACACAUGAUGAAUUGAUACGUCGUGAGCAUAAUUUUAGAUGUGAUAAAUGCAUUAAUAUUAGCGGUAACAGUAUCGGUUCAAUGCAAAAAUCUGAUCCUAUUCAUAAGACUAACGGUGAUAAUAAGAAAAUUAAACGUAUUCAUGAUAACGGUCAAGACUAUCACGACGACAUUAUAGUUUCAAACGGUGGCGGUCGUAGUCGUAGUGGUGAUGGUGAUGGUGAUGGUGAUGCUGAUGCUGAUGCUGACCAUCAAAAGAUAUCAUCGUUGCCGUCAUCACGUUUGCCGAAAAUAUCGAAAGAGGACGUAGAAGACGAUGAUGCUCAUAUAGGCAUUGAUGAUGAUAUGGAUGAUGAUAUCAUUCAUGAACAAGAACAUGACGUUGAUUUAAUAAAUGAUGACGACGACGACGACGAUGAUAUCGAUAACGGGAGGAAUAAAUCAAAUCAUAAGAUAUCAUCGUUGCCGUCAUCACGUUUGCCGAAAAUAUCAAAAAUAUCACCCGCUUCUACCACAACUAUUCUGAAAGACAACAACACAAAACCGAUUUUAAAAUUUAGUGUAUCAGCGAUAUUAGGCGAUACCCGUGAAGGUGUUCGAGUGCGAAAUGAAUUUAUGCAACCGCAACAUAUCUGGCCUUAUUUGCAACAGAAUUUCAUACACCAUCCGCAUUUUCCGCAUCCGGCAUUUCUAACACACCAAACCGCUAAUGGUAAUAGUUGUCAACCGCAAACCGCAUCGUCAUCAUCACCUGGCAGCACGAUUAGUGAUAGCGACAAUCAUUCUACCUGCACCACAAACAGUAUCAGUACGAAUACCAGUUCGAGUAACAAUAACAAUAAUAUUGUCAAUAGCAAUAAUAGCAACAAUAGCAGUGGUAAUGGUGCCGAGACUAUUACCGCAAGUCUUAACGGCAAUGAUGAGGAUAACAAUCGUCGACUUUUAUUGUCAACGGGUCAAGAUAAACCAACAGCGCCUUUGCAUCAUCAUCAUCAUCAUCAUCAUCAUUCUCAACAUCAUUAUCCUAUGCCUCAUGUGCAACAAACAUCGGUAGCAACGGCACAUUCUCAAGCUGGUAUCAUAGCGAAACCCCUACCCAGUCGCCCGACACCAUUCCUGCCUCACAGUCUACAACACCCUCACUUGCAUUCGCUUCUAGCUCACUGUAGAAAUCCUUAUAUGAGCGUUGGUGCUCAAGUAUUUCCCCUGCCUCCCGGUCAAGGUUUCCCUUGGGCUCAUUCAACACGUGGUAAGCCUCGUAGGGGUAUGAUGCGUCGUGCUGUGUUUUCGGAUUCGCAACGUAAAGGUUUAGAAAAACGUUUUCAACAACAGAAAUAUAUAAGUAAACCGGAUCGCAAGAAAUUAGCUGAACGCUUGGGUCUUAAAGACUCCCAGGUAAAAAUUUGGUUUCAAAAUCGUCGCAUGAAAUGGCGUAACUCGAAAGAGCGUGAGCUCUUGGCCAGUGGUGGUUCCAGAGAUCAAACUUUGCCUAAUAAAAAUAAUCCUAAUCCGGAUUUGUCUGAUGCCAAAUGUGAUCGGCCCGUUACUCCUUUAUCGCCCGGUUCCGUUUCACCUAAUCGCCAAAGUGUAUCCCCUAGCAAUUCUGUGACUGCUAAAGAAGAGAUUACCAACGGUCAGCAGCAGCAUCAACAGCAAUCAGUAGAGAAUCAAUCAUCGAACAUAAUUAGUGGAAAACCGUUGUCGUCACCGAAAACGCCCAGCUCGCCACCUAUUAUGCAUCAUAUACCGCAACCGGUAACUAGCAUUGGUCUACCGCCUUAUAGUGCUCAAAAUAUGCAAAUAUCAUCACCACCACCGCCUCUGCUAACCAUGGCCAAGUUGCCCAAUGCAAUGUCAACAACUAUUAAUAACAUUAACAAUAGCAAUAACGAUCAAUCAUCAAUAGCAUCAUCACCGCCCAGUUGCAGUGCGGCAGCCGUAACAGCUGCCUCGGCUAACGGUGGCGGCAACGUUAACAUUGUUAUGCCCAUGACCAAUGCCGAAUUUCAAGCCAAAAUCAAUGCUGAAAUGCAUAAGCAUUUAAUGGCGGCCGAUUUAAAAUUCAAACUAGAAUCGACACUUAACGAGGCAAAGCAAAGACGUCUCAAUAUGUUAAGCAUUAGUGCCGGCGAUAAUAUCACUUUGCAUUCCGCUACAUCUCUCUCCGGUAGUAAUCUAUUCAUUAGCAAUGCAAUGCAGGAGGCGCUCAAUCAUCAACAUCAGCUGCAACAGCAACACUUGCACAAUUCGAUUCAAUCAUUAUCGAAUGGACCGCAGGCCCAACCACAACCACCACCACCACCACCACCACCGCCACCAGCAUCCACCACUGCGUCAUCGUCACCUUCCUGUCAUCAGUUUCCUCAAUCGGGUCAAAAUUAUCAUUUCCAGAAUUCGGAUUUUAUGAAAAUGUAUUACGACGAUUAUGACGAAUCCAAUUCAGAUACUGAUGAAGAGAUCAGUGUAACGUGACCGCCUUAAA